GGAAAAACCCAGCAGUCACCCUGGGAGGGACACACGUGAGGUGGGAUGGAAGGAGAGAAUGAGGAAAGGGGCCAGAGCAUCGAAAGUGGGAUAACUUUUACUCAGGCCGAAACAGUGACUCAGAGCUGUGGCAAGGACAGCGAUGAGUCACAAAGUCUCCAGGAACCAGAGGAGGAAGACCAGGCUGACGGAGGACACUAUGAUGGAGAUGGAGAGCCAAGCCAGGGUGCAGACGAUCAGUGCAGCAGUGCAGCAGUGUUACCAGACAGCACUCUGGUAGCCACAGACACCCAGGACGAUACUGGGUGCCUCCCAUCGUCCUCCCUGCAGACAGAAGAAGAGUUGUCCCCCACUUAUGUGUUAUCUCAUCCCUCUAACACACAGAAUCACCCACCUGAACCCUGCUGGUACUGCUUGAGGUCUCUUGACUCGGAGUAUCGCCCUGAAACUACAAAACAGCAGGACGACCCUGAUCAUUCGUCACCGCUGCCCUCUAGUGGUCAAAAAGUGAGCUACCAAACAGACCCUCGGCCACACUUUGGUGUAGCUUGGUCGUCCCACUCGCCGUGUCACCCACUGUGGGGAAGCGAGGGGCCCUGCUGGGGACAGAGAAACCAGGAAGUGCACUAUCAGACACACACCUGUCCACACUGCCAUCUGGACUUGCCCCCUGACACACUACGCUGGCAUGAGGCAAAGUGUCUGCUGUUUGAAGAUCUGAGGAAGUCAAACAAAUAGAUGAAGAAAAUGUUUCUUUUUUGUUAUUAAAAAUAGUGUCUGCUG